UGGACUUAUUACUUGUAGAUCAUUGUCAUGGGAUUCUCAUCAAUAGUCAGCCCUAGAAGGCUACCCACACCGAGCCAGUGGUUAAAUAUUGCAGCUACAAUAAGCAUACUCAUUUUAUUAUAUCAGAUAUUGGGACACGAUAGCAGUCUAAAAGUUAGCGAGAUACAGGCGCCGAGCAAAAAUCAACAAAACUGUAGCGGACACAAAGGCCUUAAAGCACCUUUACCGCAGAUGAGUGAGCGUGCCAGGCAAUCAUAUUGCCUUGCUAUCCACGGGGUGACGGCAAACGAUAACGUGCAGGUGGUGGAUGUCCAAUCAAUAAGAGGAGAUAAAUACCCGCCGAUAAAAAUGGCAAUAUACAAGGGUGAUGAUAUAGUUAGUAAAACACUACGAGAAACGGGUGUGUGGGAGCUAUACCUGCUACAAAGGUUUUGGGAUCGUACAUUCACUCUCAAUCCUGGAGGUCCCAAAGGAUACUUUCUGGAUAUCGGUGCGAAUGUUGGAUAUUGGACUGCUCAGGCGCUAGGCCUUGGCUUCUCUACUAUCUCGGUAGAACCACUACCCUCCAAUAUACAACUUUUACAACUAACCGCUUGUCUGAAUCCGGGAUUUGAGGAAAAACUAACAAUAAUGCCAUUCGGUCUAGGUACUGAACCAGCAACUUGCCAUGUAGUUUCAUCUGACAACAACCUUGGCGACGGCCAUACUGUCUGUUCUGAGGAGGCGUUGACGACCUUCUUAGCGGAACAGAGAUUAAAAACUCCCGAGCAAUACUCGAUCCGCAGCAGUAUGGAGAUUGUCAGACUGGACGAUAUCAUAGACACGGAAAUUACACCAGUGUUCGCACUAAAAAUUGACGUAGAGGGAUACGAACAGCACGUGUUCUCGGAUGAAGGUUCAUCCGUAUUCUUCACUGGCAGCGGGAACCCUUCAGUCAUUUCGGCGGAGGUAUACCACUGUGCCACAGAAAAGAACUGCGAUAACGGCGACCGCCAAUACGCUGAGCAGUUGAUGAAACGUGGCUACCACCAAGAGCAUCCUUUGCAAGAUCAUAAUAGAUCCGAAACUUUUUCAUACACCAGUGAUCUAGUUUGGGGUAUGGAUACCUUUUUCACUAAGGAUAGGAAAUAAAUUAGGAUGAG